UUUUGCUAAAAUAUCGCACAGCACCUGUCUAUGUAGUUUCGAUAAUCCUCGUAUUCUUGUAUUCUCCAUUGUGCAAGCUUUUGAUUGGAUAUUCUGACGUGUAUUAGAACCGGAUUUCGUCCCGGGUGUUAGGCUCCUUAUUCAUCAAUUCUGCGUGUCGUUCUCAGUCCUGUUGGCACGCGAAAGAGGGUGUUAAAGUAUUCCGCUUCACUCAUUUGUAUGGUUUCAAGGGGGCCUGAUAUUUAUACGGUCUACUUCCACCUAAUUUCUAUGCCGUUUUGGGCUACUGUUCAGUUUGUGUGCGUAUAUGGGGUUGAGAAAAGAGUCACGGGACAGGUAAAAACCGAGGAUGAUCAGCGUCAUGAGGUCACUAUAUCAGGAAAUGAGAAUAUACUGUUUCUUGGAGAGAUGAAAAGUUCAUCAGGAUUCAACAUGUUCUUGUUUCUUUCUCUCACAUUUGCGUUGUUUUCCUUAGGAUCGGCCAUUUCAGGGCAAAUCAUGCAGGCCGUCUUCAAUGAUUAUUACGAUUCAUCGGCGACAACACAGUGUUUGGCAGAGCCAGGGAGUCCUAUGUAUGGAGGUGGCGUCAUACUUAACCCGGAGUUUAUCCACGGAUCUUCCGGAUGGACUGUGUUUGGCCAUGGAGCGAUCGAAGUGCGUACAUCAUAUACCAACAACAGGUUCAUGGUGGCGCACAAUAGAAAACGCCCAUCAGACAGUUUCUCUCAGAAAGUCCAACUCGAGAAGGGAAUGUUCUAUGCAUUUUCCGCUUGGGUACAAGUCAGCCAAGGAAGCGAGGCAGUAGCGGUGGUAUUUGGAACUAGAGAUGGUGAAUUUGUCCGUGGAGGCAGCGUCGUGGCCGAGCAGGGGUGCUGGUCUUUGCUAAAAGGAGGCAUCGCGGCGAAUUCUUCGAGCCCAGUUGAUGUUCUUUUCGAGAGCAAGAAUACCUCAACAGAGAUAUGGGUCGACAACAUUGCGUUGCAGCCGUUCUCGAAGAAGCAAUGGAGGAAUUACCAAGAUGAAAGCAUAGAGAAGGUACGGAAGAGCAUGGUGAGGUUCCAGAUAACUUAUGCGAACAAACGAGGACUCGGAGUCGGAGGAGCCAAUGUUCUCAUCAAACAGAUCAAACCGGGCUUUCCGUUUGGGUGCGGCAUGAACUUCCACAUCCUCGAGAGUGCUGAUUACCAGAACUGGUUCGCGUCGCGAUUCAGAUACACCACUUUCACCAACGCAAUGAAGUGGUACAGCACAGAGGAGAAACAAGGCCAAGAGAACUACACAAUAGCUGACUCGAUGGUGAGAUUCGCGCAAGGUAACGACAUUUCCAUCCGAGGCCACAAUGUCUUCUGGGACAACCAGAAGUACCAGCCCGAUUGGGUCAAGACCCUUUCGCCCGAUGAUCUGCGAAAAGCAGCAGAGAAGAGGAUCAAUUCGGUCGUCUCGAGAUACGCGGGAGAGCUGAUUGCUUGGGAUGUGGUCAAUGAGAACCUGCACUUCAGCUUCUUCGAGGACAACCUCGGGGAAAACGCUUCCUCGAUGUAUUACUCGAUGGCAUAUGAGCUCGACCCGACCCCGAGAAUGUUCCUGAACGAGUACAACACCAUCGAGUACAGUGGGGACGAGAAGGCGAGCCCGGGGAACUACAAGAAGAGGCUCGAGGAGAUAUUUUCGUACCCCGGGAACGAGGAUAUACUGGCAGGAAUAGGAGUGCAAGGCCAUUUUGGCUCUGGCCAGCCAAACUUGGCUUACAUGAGAUCAAGCCUGGACAUUCUGGCCACAACUGGUGUGCCCAUAUGGCUCACAGAAGUGUCCGUGGAACCAGGAGCUAACCAGGCACAGUACUUGGAGGAGGUGCUCAGGGAGGCUUAUUCUCAUCCCGCCGUCGAAGGGAUCAUAAUGUUCGCCGGCCCCGCGUACGCCGGCUUCAAUACCCCGGCGCUGACGGACAUGAACUUCGACAACACGCCGGCUGGGGACGUCGUGGACGAGCUGAUCGAGGAAUGGAAAUCCGAAGACUUGAGAGAUCGCGCGGACGAUGGAGGGUUCUUCAGCACUUCGCUGCUUCAUGGAGAGUAUGAGAUCACCAUCACUGAUCCAAUCACAAACUGCUCUUCCACUUCAAGAUUUGAAGUGACCAAAGAUAGCUUCAAGAUAAUUACGAUUUUCACAUAUAAUAAGAUUGUCAGCUACAAGCUCCCAUGAAGCUAAGGAUAGCGCUUGAUUGUUGAUUUUGAUACUUGCUAAUUUUAAGAUUAAUUAAAGAGGGUAAAUAUAAAGGCCCCUUAAAUGCCAUGUAUUAUUUAUUUG